UCUCCUCUAGCAUAUGGCUGAUGUGUAUGAUAGAAAAAUCGCACCAACCUGUAUUGGUUAACAUGAUUGCUGCACAAAUGGAAGGCAAGAUCCACUUAAUAUGGAUUUCUCAACGUGGUUUCAUUAAUGCCUUUGGACGUGUGAUGGUUACUCAUUUCAUCAAUAAUUAAUCUGGUUUUGUCAGUCGUGUAUGUGAUAUGACUCCUUUUUAAUUUUCAUCAUCUCUUAUUUACCUUAGCAAUCUGAAUUUAUGGCACGAGCUCUUUUCACUAUCGUUUUUCUGGAGUGUGCAAAAGGUAAUUAAAAUGGACAGUAAGAAAGUGCAGGGUGGUAGAUAAAGCAAUGAAAAGAAGAGACAUAAUUUCACAGGAACUUGGAGACCAUGUAUAUUUAUGAUUUGAGUAUCAAAAUUUUCUUUACAAUUUGUACAAGUAUUGUUUUGAUGAUGUAACUACAGAUUGUGGAUAUUGAGAAUGGAGGCUCUUGUCUUGAUCAAACGCCUAAAGAGGCUCUCGACUCCUUCCUCGAGAUCUUGAAUGCAUGGCUGCAGAUUCUUCAGAUGAGUUUGGACCUCUUCACCAGAUUUGUUUGUCUUCAAAGAGGCGUCCACGUCGGCAAAUUCAUUCUCACAUGCUGCAGAAACCUUUUUCAUCUUGGAAACAAACGACCAGCUGCUUGGUUUUGAGCUUGUUUCAGAAAUGAAUGAGAUCAAGGACUCCAAAACCUCAACAACAGCAGAUUCAGAUUCCUUCAAUGUGGAGACUGUCUCAACGUUGUUGGAUGAAGUGGAUUUCCUGCUAUCCAUACCCUUCAAGACCUUCUGGAUUGCUUUGAUCACUGUCUUCCUAGACUUGAGGCAUCUUUGGCAGCAUUGCACAAGUCCAAAAGCCCCAAAGAUCCAUCCAACAGCUCAUUGAAGCAUUUCUGGUCAUUGAUCAAGGCUUGUUGGGUUGUUGGCAGUUGGAACAACUGGUCAACACAAUCAUAAACAACCUGAAGGCUAUUAAGGUUUUGGCCUAUGGAUGAUGAUGAUGUGGAAGCAGUUUGAGAUUGUCUCAACCUGCAAACCUGUUCAUUGAUUUCUGAGACUAAAGGGUGCGAUCUUGUAGGGAAACUGUUGGAGCGAGCAUGGAAAGAAAUAGCUGCCAUUUUUGGUUAUCUUGGUGAAUAUGAGAGAAGAAAUGAAACUCUGAGAGAGAUAUGGCUGGAGAUGAUUUGCAAUGCUUUCUUUGAAACCUAUUGCAAGUUUAUAUAGAGGACGAGGAAAAAGAGGAAGGUGGAGGAAGGAACAACAGAGAGACAGGAGGAAUCAGAGCAUCUUAUUUCUCCCAUGUGCAAACACAAAUCGAUCCACCACAUUACCAGCAUUGUGUCUACAAAAUGUCCCUUGCCUACCAAGUAAUCCAACUCGUUGGCCUCCAUCAUCGAGGUAGGCAAAAUCCACGCAUCCUGCUGCAUCAUUGAAUAGUGGAGCCUCUAUCAUAUUUCUAGUGCCUUGAAAACAAUGUCAAACAGCUCACUCGUGCAUCACCUUCCGUAGCAGACAGGCGUUGAGAUCUGACUCUACAACCAUGAGAGUUGGAGAGUAGUGGUAGGCAAGACUCAAGAGACAAAGCACAGACAUUGGUAAGAUGGGUUGGUUGGUUGUUUAGAUUCAAAUCACACUCGCAUUUUCAUCUCAUCCAUUCAUUCAUUGACUUAAAUAUAUGCGAAGGCAAUAAGAUUCCUUGUGUCUCCUUUGCCAUCCAACCAUAUAUAGUCAUUGAGAUGCCCACCACCAAAGCCUGCAAGUUUCUCUUCCAAGUUCCUACAGCAGUGAUUAUUUCCGAUUACCAGUUCGUUCUUUGAUCCUCCAGAUGAAGGGAAUGCUUUCGUUCAUGAACUACAAUCCAUUUUGAGGAGAUGAAGGAACGGCCUUCAUGAACGAACUCAAGUCUGGCAAUCGAAACAGGACACUACCAAUCUCUGUGAGAAGUCAUUGCUAGUUAGUUCCUAAGCUCGUGAAAGAAUCAGACUAAGUAUCAAGAGCAGAAGAUACAUACUGCAUUCUGUAUCAGAAGAGGGCAGUUGAAGCAAGUCUGGUAAUUCUUUAUUGUAGCCUUUGCGUUUACAUAAACGUGGCUCUAUGUACAUACAUGCAAUAUACAAAGAAAAUACCGAAUGUAGUUUAUUAUAGAGGAUACAUGGGGGAGGCAGAAGGAAUCUCAAUCAUUUAUGAUAUUAUUUUUGGAUUGCAGAUCCCAUAUAUUAUAUUAUACCACACGAGGGUGGUAGCUAUUAUAAUCUCAGUACUUACAAGAUUUAUUCUGUAAUAUACCAUUCUUGACAUU